UUGUAUAUGCUUUAGCUGCAGGGAGACAGGAAGGGGUAACAUUGGCAGAAUUCUUAGCUUCUCCGAAGAGAAAAGAACAUGAAAGAGAUACGCAUAUGAAAGAGUUUUCCUUGGGAUUUUGCAGGAAGGGGAAGAGACACUUGUUGAAGAAUGGAGAGUAGUAUCAGUAACAGUAACGAUACAAUAGCGGUAACGAAUCAAAGAAAAGGCUUUGAAGGAAUCAGAAUGGAGAAUCCAUUUACUUUGAAAGUGGGUCAAGUAUUUACUGGCUUUGGCAUUGGCUGUGGUAUUGGUAUAGGUGUGGGUCGCCCUAUAAAUCUAGGUGCUAUACCUAUGCUCGGUCAAGUUAUGAGUGCAACUAGAGGUGCAACUGAUGCGUUUUCUGGUGUUAGCAGACAUGUCAAUGGUGCUUUAAGGAAGUUGGGAGCGAAGAACAUAGAAGCAGGCAUUGGAUGUGGAGUUGGUCUUGGCCAUGGUUUUGGUGUUGGACUUGCUGUGAAGCCGGGGGUGGUGGAUCAAAUUCAAUGUUGUGUUAUAGAAGCAACAACAAAAUUGAUGAUGAAAUUUGGAAUGGCUCCCAAAUUGCCCUUCAGUGAAGGUUCUUUUCCUGUAUCCUUUCAAAGCAGUUUAACCUCGAGAAAUGAACCCUUCAUCCAAAGCCCACCUGGAAACGUGAAGCAAAUGGUUACAAAGCUACCAGACCCCACAUCUCAAGGCUUGCCUGGACCUGCAAAUGUGGGCAGAGAUUCAGCUUAUGAAAAACUUUCGUCAAAAUAUCCAACUGAGACAUCUUAUGGAAGUCGAACAGAAAAGGUUCUUAAUAAUUUUUUGCAAAAUCCAGUUUUGAAGGAAGACAAAACGAGCCUAAAUGAACUGGUUGGGCGCUUGCGUUCUGAAAACAACUUGCUUCAACUGGUGUUGAAACAUCAGCGCAUCAUUGAGGAACUUAUGGAGGAGAAUGAGAAGCUUCAUCAGAUACUAAUGGAAGACCUGAAAAUACCACCAAGCAAGCUCCAAGCCAGUUACUCGAGUAAAAUUAAAUCUCCAUGUUCAGAAUGUUUCCAUUGCCGAAGAAAACUAAGGAAAAAUAGAUGAUGACAAGAAGUAGGAUAUGUAGAGUAAAGACCAUUCAAGUGCCAUACCAAAGUUCUUAUUGAUAACCUGUCCAACAGGAUUUUGAAUUCUGCGAGGCUUUCCAACCUGAUAGUGCAGAAGUGUUGUUAACUAUCAUUGAUUAUGAUCCAAUGGAAGAGGAUACGAAAGUAAAUGACAUUACACAUGAUUAUACCGAACAGAUUGAGAGAUGCUGAAACUAAUAUGCGAAGGAAUCUUCCAAGGCAGGUUUUUUCCUCCCUUGAUGUGCAAGUUUCUGCAGUUUUGCUAACUGAUCAUGAAACUAUCCAUUUUUGUUUAUGAUCUAUACAGGCUUGUCUCUUUUGUUUUUUAAGUAUUGCCAAUGUGAUAAACAGUUACAUUCAAUGCAUGUGAUACUGUGCAAU